CACAAAUAAAAAGCGAGUCUCGCCGAUCGAGUGGGGACGCACGUGAAAAAUGCGGGUCCACACAAAGGUUGCAUUAUGUUUGUAUUUAUGUGUAAUUAAACUUAACAUUAUUUGAUGGGGUCCUGCUAUUUGCUUUUUGAUAUCGCCUUUUGUGAACUUUUGAUUUAAGUGAGUUUUAUGUGCAUUUUUCAGGUUAGUUUGGAAAUGGCUCUUGAAACCUGCUACUUCCACAUUCUAGUUGCCUGGUGUUCUUUUAUUCGCACUAGAAUCUAUCAUAUUUUAGUUCCUUAAUGUCAAAAGGAAAUUGUUCAAGGUUGAUCUAGCUGAUUACAUGAUAUCUACAUAUGGGAAUGAUGCCCUUCGGGAGCUUUCUUCCCCUGGGAAAAGUGGAAGAUUCUUUUACUUGACCAAUGAUGACCACUACAUGAUAAAGACAAUGAAGAAGUCCAAAGUAAAGGUUCUUUUAAGGAUGCUUCCAACUUAUUAUAAUCAUGUUCGAGCCUUUGAGAACACUCUACUCACCAAAUUUUAUGGUCUUCACUAUGUGAAAUUAACUGGGGCUGCCCAAAAGAAGGUGCGAUUUUUCAUAAUGGGGAAUUUGUUCUAUUCUAAGUACGCAAUUCACAGGCGUUUUGACUUGAUAGGUUCUUCCCAUGGCUGCACAACUGAUAAACCCGAGGCAGAAAUUGAUGCCACAAUAACUCUCAAGGACUUGACCUUAAUUUCAUCUUUCAAUUGUAGAAGGCUUGGUUCCAAUAGUUUUGCGAGCAAGUGGAUAGGGAUUGUGACCUUCUUGAACAGGAGAGAAUUAUGGAUUAUAGUAUUUUGGUUGGUCUUCACUUCUGAGAAGCUCCUAGAACUCGAACUCCUUCUGGAAUUUGAACUCAUGCUGGAAAUGGAGACCCUGAUAAUGAUGGAGCAACUCCUCGUCUUUCUGGAAUAGACAUGGAUAAGCUUCUUCUUGACCGGUCCAGGUAUCUGAAGGAAUGGAAGAGCUUAGUGGUAAUAGCAACAAUAAUGAAAUAGGAAAUGAACUUUCUGGUUAACAUCCUAGCUUGGUCUUAAGCCUCAAAUCCUCUUUUUUGAAAAUAACUUGCAACUCCCUAGAUAGCAGAAAUAGUUAUAGUGUGAAUGGUAAAAUCACUACAUCCUAUCUUUGUUUAUUUUCUUUUUUCUUACAUGCGACCAUACUGAUAACUUGCAUAUAGAAAAUCAUUCUGUGAUGUUUGAUAACUAAAUUAUAGUUUA